AUGCCCUUCGCCGAGCGAUGUUCGCCCGAGGCGACGCCAUUGCCCCAUGGGAAAUGCCACACGACGUCUCCGGCGCGGGUUCACACGGCCAGCCAUUCGCUGCGUGCAUCGGCUACGUCGCGUUCGCGGCCCUCCGGCUUCGAUGCUUUCGUCAGCAAGAAUGCGCCCGACGCUGGACGCAAGCCAGCGGCGCGCCGCGCGACCCUCGCCCGACCCUCGCUCCCGAAGUCCCGCCCCCGCUGUCGCACGCGCUCCCGGAGGCGCGUGCGGGUGCCUGGCGGCAUCCGUGCCUUGGCAUGCAGCGGCGGCCGCGGUCCGCAGGCGUCAGGCCUGGAACGCGAGGGACCCGAACUGGGAACCCGAAGCGGGGCUGCGAUCCCUCCCGUGAGGGAUGGUCGCCAGGGCGCGCGACAGCGCACGACAGCGCGUCGGCGUCCUUCCCUGGACCCCUCCCCCCUGCUUGCCCCCGCCGCUUGCUGCUGA